CCUCUAGCGUUUAGGUAUUUUUGGAAUGUGAAUUCCGAUCGUAGUAGGUAGCUUUAUCGUGUGGGGUUGUUCUCUCUCCUGGCAAAUUUUGUUCUUGUUAUUUCCUCAACCUGGGUUUCUUCAAUCUGCCUCGAUUUUGAAUCUUUGUGGCAGAUGAUUAGGGUUCAUAGGCUAAUGAGCUGAUUGGGUGGCUUUGUUUCCUCAAAUCUGUCCUUUUGUGGGAUUUCCUUACGGAUAGUGAUUAUGAACGGUCUUGAUAGUUGGAGCGGUAUUAACCAAGCUCCAGGAACCGGGGAUCUUAAGCAAUUUGGAGGCAAUUCAGGUUCCAUUUUCUUUUCUCGAAAUGGGUUUGGUCUUUCAGGUUUUGUGGAAUGGUGAUUUUUUGUUGUCAUGGGUUUUUGCGUUUCAAUCUGUAUCUAGAUUUCGUUCCAGUGGAUUAUGCGUCAUAGUUUCGAAUUUUUAGUGUAUCGUGGGAUAAUAUUGCGCACAAGCUGUUUGAUAGAAUGUCCAAACGGACAUUGUACGGAAGAAGUUCGAUCUUUUUGGGGCUACGUCAGUGUCUGAGAACUAAUAUAUUCGAAGAAAUUGAAGAUCUUUUGUUGUUUCAAGAACACCCAUUUGGGAAAUCGGGAUGUACGCUUGUUCAGGUGAGACAAAAAUCGAGUGGAGGAAGGAGACCCAAGAAGAAAAUAUACCACAGAGUUCAUGAUCUUGAUAAAGCAAUGGACUUGAAGAAGAAACCAAACUUGAUACUUGAGUUGAAAUCCAUCAUUCAAACGCAGAAGCAUGGUGCAUUGCUUCUCCGUGAUCUCGAGAAGCAUGUCGGGUUUGUACAAAAGUGGAAUUUCAUGGCUGUAAUCGAGAAGUACCCUUUGAUAUUUUACGUUGGUGGAGGAAAUAGGGAACCUCCAUUUGUUACACUGACCGAGAAAGCCAAGAUGAUUGCAGACGAGGAAGCUAAAGCAAGGGAGUUAAUGGAACCUAUCUUGGUUAAGAAUCUGAGGAAGUUAUUGAUGAUGUCUGUUGAUUGUAGAGUUCCUCUUGAGAAGAUUGAGUUUAUGCAAUCUGAAUUGGGUUUGCCUCAAGACUUUAAGAAUACAUUGAUCCCAAAGUACCCAGAGUUUUUCUCGGUGAAGGAUUUCAAUGGCAGAGCUCAUCUUGGUUUAGAGAACUGGGAUUCGUCAAUAGCAGUCACUGCACGAGAAGAGAAGUUAUCGCGUGAAGGAGUGUUCGACUCAGUUGGGAACAGAAAGAGAAUAAGAAUCACAAAGGAUGGUAAUUUCUUAGGCCAAUACGCAUUUAAGAUAUCUUUUCCUGCGGGUUUUAGGCCAAACACAAGUUAUCUUGAGGAAUUUGAGAAGUGGCAGAGAAUGGAAUUUCCUUCUCCAUACUUAAACCCGAGAAGAUUUGAAGCCGCGGAUCCAAAGGCUAGAAAACGAGUUGUAGCUGUGCUUCAUGAGCUUCUUAGUUUAACAAUGGAGAAGAGGUUGACGUCCCCUCAGAUAAACGCAUUUCAUUCUGAAUAUAUGCUUCCAUCAAGACUAGUUCUUUGCUUGAUAAAGCAUCAGGGCUUAUUUUACCUCACUAACAAAGGAGCGAGGAGUACCGUCUUUCUCAAGGAAGCUUAUGACGGUUCUAAUUUGAUCGAGAAAUGCCCAUUGCUUUCAUUCUAUGACAGAUUUGUGGCACUCAGCGGUCGGAGAGAGAUCAAUCCUGGCAAUGAAAUGCAGUCUUCCUCUGUUAUCUCAUGAUUGUUCAUCAAACUACAGAUGUAUACAAGGCAUAUUGACUACACUUCUCCGGCCAGUCAACUUUUGUUAUUAGCAAGGCUUCUGGGGCCCUGAGCCUCGGAUACAAUUUUUUUAAUCAUUUUCUUCACAAAAUCCUCCUGCUUUUUCAAGGAAAUAAUAGAGAGCUUGUUAGACACUGGAAGCAGAAUUGUAAACACAAUCUAGCUGUCUCUGUCAUGAGAGAUCCAUUGUGAACUCUUAAUGGGUUUUAUCAAACUUAAUCAUGGAAUGCCAAAACAAGUUACUUUCAGUGGGACGUGUCAAGGAGUCUAAAAGGGUACCCGAAAAAUAAGAGGUUUUGUACUGUCAGAUGAUGUGAACCAUCAACCAUGUGGAGGUUAUGAAGGCUGCUCAGGGUCCAGGAUUCAUGUGCCGUGUGAAGACAUAGUGGGAAAAAGAGCCAAAGGCAAUGGACAAUUCAGUCGCUCUCCACCAUCCCCCCAUUUCAGGCCUCAAGUCAUAUUCGUGUACCAAACACAACAAAAAGGUCAGUUGUUUCAUUAUUGCAUGUUUUUUACAGUUCUUGGCAGAUACCAAUCACGUAGCAAUCAAGCCUCUUUCUUUGCCUUGGACCCGGGUUUUGUUUUCCACAUAGAAAGCCAUCUGUUUGCAGGUAAACAUCAAGCUCCCUUCUUCACGUUGGAUUGCUAUAGGAUGUGUGGUUUUCGUUCUUAAUAGCUGUUGACGUGCCUUGUUUGAACAUGCUGUUAACCAAGUAACGGAAUUUAUCACAUGCCAGAUUCGGAGAACCCGAUCUGCUAAACGCUAUAGAUAAAAUCCAAAGUCAGAUUCUUUUUCACGUUCUUGAUACUUUAACAACUAGAUGGAUAUCCAUCCAUGUCCUUGUCAUCUUGGAAUAUCUCCUGUUUGUUUCUUCAAAGUGUGUAUAUCAGAAAUGAAGGGCACACAUACAAAGCA